GGAAGGGUUGGGGCGUGGCCUCGGGCCGGCUGGGCGAACAAAAGGCUGGGAGACUCGGGCGGGAGAUUCGUACCCGCCUGGGCCCGGGAGGGACGCUGCUAGAACUGGCCCCUCCAUCGCUGGUGGAGGUAAAGGCAGCGUUGUUGCAGCUCUGCCACAGAGGCUUCCGUGGAGAAGAGCAUCGUAUCCCAGCACCGCAGGCUGUCAUCGCUCACAAGGGCUGGCUGAGACCUUGAGAUGCGCAGCGUGGGCUUUGCCUCACAGACCCGCACGGCCUGCGUUUCAGCCAGCCUGUGUGCCCUCUGAGAAUAGGCCGUCAUGCCCAAGAUAACCCUGAGCGGGGUGACCGUGGAUUUCCCUUUCCAGCCGUACAGAUGCCAAGAGGAGUACAUGAGCAAGGUCUUGGAGUGUCUCCAGAAGAAAGUGAACGGCGUCCUGGAGAGCCCCACGGGCACUGGGAAGACCCUGUGCCUUCUCUGCACCACGCUGGCCUGGCGGGAGCAUCUCCGAGAUGCCGUCUCCGCUCGCAGGAUUGCCGAGCGGGUGCAGGGGGAGCUCUUCCUGGACCGCCCCCUGUCGUCCUGGGGAAGCGUCGCCUCAGAAGGAGACGUCCCAGCAUGCCACGCGGACGUCCCGAAGAUCAUUUAUGCCUCCAGGACCCACUCCCAGCUCACGCAGGUCAUCAGCGAGCUUCGCAACACCUCCUACCGGCCCAGAGUGUGCGUGCUGGGCUCCCGGGAGCAGCUGUGUAUCCACCCCGAAGUGAAGAAGCAGGAGAGUAACCAUAUGCAGGUCCACUUGUGCCGCAAGAAGGUGGCAAGUCGCUCCUGUCACUUCUACAACAACGUGGAAGAGAAGAGCCUGGAGCAGGAGCUGGCCACCCCGAUCCUGGACAUCGAGGACCUGGUCAGGAGUGGGAACAAGCACAGGCUGUGCCCGUACUACCUGGCGCGGAACCUGAAGCAGCAGGCAGACAUCAUCUUCAUGCCCUACAACUACCUGCUGGACGCCAAGAGCCGCCGGGCGCACGGCAUCGACCUGAAGGGGGCGGUGGUGAUCUUCGACGAAGCUCACAACGUGGAGAAGAUGUGCGAGGAGGCCGCGUCCUUUGACCUGACGCCCCACGACGUGGCUUCAGGCCUGGACGUCAUCAGCCAGGUGUUGGAGGAGCAGACCAAGGCGGCCCAGCAGGCCGAGCUCCAGCUGGGGGUCGGCGAGGGCUCCUCCAGCGCAGGGUUGAACUUGGAGCUGGAAGACCUUGCUAAGCUCAAGAUGAUCCUGCUUCGCCUGGAGGGGGCCAUCGAUGCCGUGGAGCUGCCUGGAGGCGACAGCGGUGUCACCAAGCCAGGAAGCUACAUCUUUGAGCUGUUUGCUGAAGCCCAGAUAACGUGUCAGACCAAGGGCUGCAUCCUAGACUCCCUGGACCAGCUCAUCCAGCACCUGGCAGGACGCACCGGGCUGUUCACCAACACGGCGGGACUGCAGAAGCUGGCGGACAUCAUCCAGACUUGCACCUUGAGAUCCAGCCCUGAGCUGCUGGCGUGUUUGCCACGAGCUGCCUAUCUGACCAGGCCCCGGAGGCCCAGAACUCCUGCCCGACCUUCGAGGACCUUUGAGGCGUGUGGGCCCCUCCGGGGACCAGGCCGCAGGCUCUGCCAAAGCGUGUUCAGCGCGGACCCUGCCGAAGGCGGCCCCGGGUCAGCGACGGGGCCGGGGUCUCAGUACUACAAGGUGCACAUCCACCCUGAUGCUGGGCCCCAGAGGGCCGCCCAGCGGUCAGAUGCCUGGAGCACCACCGCGGCCAGAAAGCAAGGGAAGGUGCUGAGCUACUGGUGCUUUAGCCCCGGCCACAGCAUGCGAGAGCUGGUCCGCCAGGGCGUCCGUACCCUCAUCCUCACGAGCGGCACGCUGGCCCCUGUGUCCUCCUUUGCCCUGGAGAUGCAGAUCCCUUUCCCAGUCUUCCUGGAGAACCCACAUGUCAUCGACAAGCACCAGAUCUGGGUGGGGAUCAUCCCCAGAGGCCCGGACGGGGCCCAGCUGAGCUCAGCCUUUGACAAACGGUUCUCUGAUGAGUGCUUGUCCUCCCUGGGGAAAGCGCUGGGCAACAUCGCCCGCGUGGUCCCCCACGGGCUCCUGGUCUUCUUUCCCUCCUACCCGGUCAUGGAGAAGAGCCUGGAGUUCUGGCGGGCCCGCGACUUCACCAGAAAGUUGGAGGCCCUGAAACCUCUGUUUGUGGAGCCACGGAGCAAAGGAGGCUUCUCGGAGGUGAUGGCUGCCUACUAUGCCAGAGUUGCUGCCCCAGGCUCCAGCGGGGCGGCCUUCCUGGCUGUGUGCCGGGGGAAGGCCAGCGAGGGGCUGGACUUCGCCGACGCGAAUGGCCGUGGAGUGAUGGUCACGGGUCUCCCGUACCCCCCACGCCUGGACCCCCGGGUGGUCCUCAAGAUGCAGUUCCUGGAUGAGAUGAGGGGCCAGGGCGGGGCCGCGGGCCAGUUCCUCUCCGGGCAUGACUGGUACCGGCAGCAGGCAUCCAGGGCUGUGAACCAGGCCAUCGGGCGGGUGAUCCGGCAUCGCCAUGACUACGGGGCCGUCUUCCUCUGCGACCACAGGUUCGCCUACCCAGAUGCCAGAGCCCAGCUGCCCUCCUGGGUGCGCCCACACGUCAAGGUGUAUGACAGCUUUGGCCAUGUCGUCCGAGACGUGGCCCAAUUCUUCCGAGUUGCUCAGAAAACUAUGCCGCUCCUGGCGCCGCGGGCUGCUGUCCCGGGUCUGGGCACAGAAGAGGGCUCUGCGGCAGUGGCCGUGUCCCCCAGCCCUCUCCCCACCAGGAAGGCCAUGAGUCUCGACGUGCACAUCCCGAGCCUGAGACAGAGACACUCGGGCUCGCCAGUCACCGCGGAUGCCGAGGGCAGCCUGUGCGUGGAGUAUGAGCAGGAGGCGGUCCGUGCCCAGUGCAGGCCCAGGGGGCUGCUGGCCGCCCUGGAGCACAGCGAGCAGCUGGCCGAGGGGCCUGGGGACAAGGCCAUCCCCGGGGAGGAGGAGGCACGCUGUCCCACUCUCCUGGCCCCUCGUGAGAAGAGACCAGCGGAUGAACAGAGAGGCAAGAGGAGGAAGGUCAGGCUGGUCAGUGGCCCGCAGGAGGAGCCGGCAGCCUGUGCGGAGACGGGCAGGGCCAAGCUGUUCAUGGCAGCCGUGAAGCAGGCGCUGAGCCAGGCCAGCUUCGACGACUUCACCCGGGCCCUGCGGGACUACAAGAGCUCCGACGACCUGGCAGCCCUGGCGACUCGACUCGGCUCCCUCUUUGCCGAGGACCCCAAGAAGCACAGCCUGCUCCGAGGCUUCUGUCAGUUCGUGCGGCCCCACCACAAGCAGCAGUUUGAGCAGGUCUGUCUCCAGCUGACGGGCAGAGACUGCAGCUCCGGACCCGAGCAUGGCCUUCCCCAGAGGCAGGGGGCAGGACCAGCUCUGGACCCCAGUGGUCGGAGGGAGCCCGACCCCACGCUGACCCUGUCCCAGGCUGCAGCCGGGCAGCUGGACUCCAGUGCGCACCUGAACCAGGGCCGGCCCCACCUGGCCUCCGGGCCGUUCCCUAAAGGAGACCCUGGCCGCCCUCCGCAAGCGGGGUCUGGAGCUCCUGGAACAAAGAAGCGGGGCCCCCCGGCCGUAAGCGCCUACCUGGCCGAUGCCCGCAGGGCCCUGGGGGCCGCAGGCUAUAGCCAGCUCGUGGCAGCGCUGACCACCUACAAGCGGGAUGACGACUUCGAGAAGGCUCUGGCCGUGGUGGCCGCACUCACCACCUCGAAGCCUGAGGACUUGGCCCUGCUGCAGAGGUUCGGCAUGUUCGUUCGGCCGCAUCACAAGCAGCGCUUCCGGCAGACGUGCGCCGACCUGACCGGCCAGGCUGCCGCGGGCUCGGGCUCCCGGACGCCAGAGCCCCAGGAAGGAAGCCCUGCCGGGCCUCCUGACCUCGCCCCCGGGGCCGCCGGGCCAGGCGCCCCACCGCCGGAGACACCAGGGAAGACCCAGAGGAAGAUCUCCGCCUUCUUUAGACAGAGGCCGGCUGGGGCUGCGGGGCCCCCCACUCCCCCCCGCGGGCAGGCGCAGCCGCAGUGGGGGCAGACGACGUGGUCACUUUCCAGUGCCCCUCCUGUGACUUCCACUGCUGCCAGGCCUGCUGGCGACAGCACCUCCAGGUCUCUAGGUCAUGCCCGGCCUGCCACGCUGCCACCAGAAAGCAGAGCCUCGCACAAGUGUUCUGGUCGGAGCCCCAGUGACAGUGGAGACCCUCCUGCUGUGGGGUCGGUGGGGGCAGAGGCUGUUCUCCCUGGGGCACAGCUUGGACACUCACCUGUGGGCUGCGGGUGGGCCUGACACCAGAAACCCCUUGGCCAAGAGCCCACCUGACAGGCCAGUGCAAUGAGCGUGGGGACCCCCCCGAGAGCAUCCCCAAAGCUGCCUCAGGCCACAGGAAGGAAGGUGCCUCCCCAGAAGGUCCCUGGCUUGCGGGUGGGGCCCAGCUGAUCCCAAGAGCAGGAAGGGAGGCCACCCUGUCCUUCCUCUCUGGGGGACCUUCCAGGGGCCCAUGUCACUCAGAGGACAGGGCUUUAAUAAAGUUGCUGGCACUA